AUGGUGGAUACGUACCAAGCAGGGAUCGGUCCGGGAGAACUUCGCGACAUCAAGCAAGCUCUCCAACAGCGCAUCCUUUCUUCGGCCUCCAACAUCGCAUCGUCCAGGCUCAGGGUCAGCGCCCAGCCAGACAGCGAUCAUGGCGGGAGACAGAGACCACGGCUCCGCCACGAUGCGCGAGACUCGACCCCCCGGGCACAUUCACGGCCACCGCCACGAGAGUUGGACCAGCCAGAGCCGACCGAAGAAGAUGACAGGGCCCUGGACCGUGACUGGUAUGGGGGCGACGAGUUUGGCGGACACACCUUUGGCGAUGACACCCACAACCCUUUCGCAUCGUACCAGCUGUCGGCUUGGGAGAGCCAGCAGCAAGAGUCGGCAAAGGCCGAGAAGAUGGCAAGCCGAUACGACGCCAGGCAGGAGCAGAGGCGGAAGGAAAACGACGCAUGGGAAACAAACAGGAUGCUCGUCUCCGGCGUCGCCCAGCGUAGGGACCUGGCGACCGACUUUGACGACGAUGAAGCGACCCGCGUCCACCUCCUCGUCCACGAUCUGAGGCCCCCAUUCCUGGACGGACGCACCAUCUUUACAAAGCAGCUUGACCCAGUGCCCGCUGUGAGAGACUACCAGAGCGACAUGGCCGUCUUCAGCAGAAAAGGGAGCAGGGUUGUCAAGGACGCACGGCAGCAAAGAGAGCGGCAGAGGCAGGCGCAGGAAGAGGACGCAGACAGCGCGUUGCCCGUUGCCGGCGAGGAAGAAGCCCGAAACGGCGAGCGCAAGACAAACAAGUUCAGCGAGCAUCUCAAAAAGGGGCAGGGUGCCAGCGAUUUCAGUCAGAGCAAGACUCUGCGGGAGCAGCGAGAGUUCUUACCCGCCUUCGCCGUUCGUGAGGAGCUCCUCCGCAUCAUCAGGGAGAACCAAGUCACGAUCGUCGUGGGCGAGACGGGGUCGGGCAAGACGACCCAGCUGACGCAGUUCCUUCGCGAAGACGGCUAUGGGGCAAGCGGCAUGAUUGGCUGCACGCAGCCGCGGCGUGUGGCGGCCAUGAGCGUGGCCAAGCGAGUCGCGGAGGAGAUGGAAGUCAAUCUGGGCGGCACCGUGGGCUACGCCAUUCGAUUCGAAGAUUGCACGAGCAGGGAGACGGUUAUCAAGUACAUGACGGAUGGAGUGUUGCUCCGAGAGUCGCUUAACGAGCCUGACCUCGAGCGGUACUCGUGCAUCAUCAUGGACGAGGCACACGAGCGUGCCCUCAACACGGACAUCUUGAUGGGUCUCUUCAAGAAAAUACUGCAGAGGCGACGGGACCUGAAGCUAAUCGUUACGUCGGCGACGAUGAACUCGAAGCGAUUCUCCGACUUUUUCGGCGGUGCGCCCGAGUUUACGAUUCCGGGAAGAACCUUCCCCGUCGACGUCAUGUUCCACCGUUCGCCGGUCGAAGACUAUGUCGACCAAGCAGUCCAGCAGGUACUGGCCAUCCACGUCUCCAUGGAUCCCGGCGACAUACUCGUCUUCAUGACGGGCCAGGAAGACAUUGAAAUCACGUGCGAGCUGGUGCAAAAACGGCUCGACGCCCUCAACGACCCGCCCAAGCUCAGCAUCCUGCCCAUCUACAGCCAGAUGCCGGCGGACCUCCAGGCCAAGAUCUUUGACCGGGCGGCGCCAGGCGUGCGCAAGUGCAUUGUCGCCACCAACAUUGCGGAGACGAGUCUGACGGUCGACGGCAUUAGAUAUGUCGUGGACGCGGGCUACUCCAAGAUGAAGGUCUACAACCCCAAGAUGGGCAUGGACACGCUCCAGAUCACGCCCAUCUCGCAGGCAAACGCGUCGCAGCGCUCGGGGCGUGCCGGGCGGACGGGCCCGGGCAAGGCGUUUCGCCUGUACACGGAGAAGGCUUUUAAGGAAGAGCUUUACCUACAGACGAUACCCGAGAUUCAGCGCACCAACCUGGCCAACACGGUGCUGAUGCUCAAGUCGCUCGGGGUCAAGGACCUCCUCGACUUUGACUUCAUGGACCCCCCCCCGCAGGACACCAUCUCGACGUCCAUGUUCGACCUGUGGGCCCUGGGCGCUCUGGACAACCUCGGCGAGCUGACGGAGUUGGGGCGCAAGAUGAGCGCGUUCCCGAUGGAUCCGUCGCUGUCCAAGCUCCUCAUCACGGCGGACGAAUACGGGUGCAGCGAGGAGAUGAUUACGAUUGUGUCGAUGUUGUCGGUGCCCAACGUCUUUUACCGGCCCAAGGAGCGGCAGGACGAGGCGGACACGCAGCGGGAAAAGUUUUGGGUGCACGAGUCGGACCACCUGACAUACCUGCAGGUGUAUUCGGCGUGGAAGGCCAACGGACACUCGGACGGGUGGUGCGUCAGGCACUUUCUGCACGCCAAGUCGCUGCGGCGGGCCAAGGAGAUACGGGAGCAGCUGGUGGACAUUGUGCGGAUGCAGAGGAUGCAGCUCAGCAGCUGCGGCAUGGACUGGGACAUGAUCCGGCGGUGCAUCUGCUCGGGCUACUACCACCAGGCGGCCAAGUACAAGGGAUCGGGCGAAUACAUCAACCUCCGGACAAACGUGGCCGUGCAGCUGCACCCGACGAGCGCCCUGUACGCGGGCCACCCACCCGACUACGUCGUCUACCACGAGCUCAUCCUCACGGCCAAGGUGUACGUGUCGACGGUGACGGCCGUGGACCCGCACUGGCUGGCAGACCUGGGCGGCGUCUUCUACUCGGUCAAGGAAAAGGGCUACUCGGCGCGCGAGAAGCGCAUCACCGAAACCGAGUUCAACCGCAAGAUGGAGAUUGAGGCCAAGAUGGCCGAGGACAAGCGGCGGCAGGCCGAGCGGGAGCAGGCCGAGGCGGAGCGGGCGACGGCCAAGAAGAAGGUGGGUCACGACGGCAAGAAGUUUGUGACGCAGGGGGCGGUCAAGAAGCCGGUGGCCCGGAGGCGUGGCCGAGGGUUCUGA